CAGUGACGACUGUGGCGGAGAAGGCCCGGAGGGGCUCUGCGUUCUGGAGUGGCGCUGCUUGGGCCGGUGGCUGAGUGAGGGCAACUGGUGUCGUAAUUGAGGAGAGCUGCGAGUGUGUUCGGCAUAUCCCGGUCGGGAUCCCAGCCACGAUGAGUGCUGCCCGGGAGUCUCACCCACACGGGGUGAAGCGUUCAGCCUCCCCCGACGACGAUCUUGGAUCUAGCAAUUGGGAAGCAGCGGACUUGGGCAAUGAAGAGAGAAAACAAAAGUUCUUGAGACUUAUGGGUGCAGGAAAGAAAGAACACACUGGUCGUCUUGUUAUAGGAGAUCACAAAUCAACAUCUCACUUCCGAACAGGGGAAGAAGACAAGAAAAUUAAUGAAGAACUGGAGUCUCAGUACCAGCAGAGCAUGGACAGUAAACUCUCAGGCCGGUACCGGCGGCACUGUGGACUUGGCUUCAGCGAGGUAGAAGAUCAUGAUGGGGAAGGUGAUGUGGCUGGAGAUGACGAUGACGACUCACCUGAUGCUGAGAGUCCAGAUGACUCGGACAGUGAUUCUGAGUCUGAGAAGGAAGAGUCUGCAGAAGAACUCCACGCUGCUGAGCAUCCUGAUGAUGCAGAAGACCCGAAGAGCAAAAAAGAUGCCAAGAGCAAUUAUAAGAUGAUGUUUGUCAAGUCCAGCGGCUCAUAACUAUUAAACAUUUAGUCUUUGUAUUAAAAGUAAGCCUUAUUGUUAUAAUGCACAGUGGAGGACUGCUUAUAGAGCACAGACCUUUGUAUUAUAAUUUUUAAAAAGGCCCUUUUAAAUAACUACAAAGAGUGUUUGCUUUCAAAUGCCAUGGGUUACACUUUUCCAGGCAUGACUAUAACCAUUUUUGUAAAGAGUCAGAGUUGUAAAAAUGAGAAAUAAAUACUGUACUCAGCUUCCUUCCA